AUGGAGAGCUCUAUACUUGUUUGGAAUGUGAGGGGUCUCUGUGACGCCAACAAGCGAGGAAGGAUCAAGCGUAUCAUUGGCAGGCGCAAACCCCUAAUCGUCGGCCUGGUGAAAACCAAGUGGGAUCAUUGCAAUGUUACUUCUAUUAGCAGCAUUAGUGGUUCCAGAAAUUACGGAUGGGCGGCGAAGAACGCUGUUAAUAGUUGCGGGGGCAUCGCUGCUUACUGGGAUCAGAGUCGAUUCAGAGAGCUAAACAUAAGAGAAGGCAAUUAUUUCCUCGCUAUUGAACUGUUUGAUACUAUGGUCAGCAAAUACUGGAACUUGGUCAUUGUUUACGGGCCUCAGUCUAGAGAUGAUAAGAUUGCCUUUCUUCUUGAAUUGAAUCGCCUGUGCCAGCAGCUCAACGAACCUAUCUGCAUCAUGGGGGACUUCAACUUAGUUCGUUCCCACGAUGACUACAGAGGCGCUCGUCGGGACUGGAAUCUUAUGAUGGAGUUCAACGAGUUCGUAGACAACAAUACCCUGAUGGAACUCCCCCUCGGGGGGAGUAGAUUCACUUGGAGCCGUGGCGGAUCUAAUGAGUGCUUUUCGCGCAUCGAUCGAGCUUUCAUCAGUGCUGAUUUCGACUCCAUCUAUCAUGACUGCACCCUCAUCGCUCUCGAACAAAUAGAAUCUGAUCACAACCCUCUUCUCCUCAAAUGGGGUGGCGAUCUCCGCAUCAAAAGACCAUGGAAAUUUGAAAAUAUGUGGUUGGAAGAUCCAAGAUUCUAUGAUGGUUUGAGCUCUUGGUAUGGCGACGUUAUCUCUGGGCAGGGGAUGAUCUUCCUUUGUGCUAGAAGACUUCAACACAUUAAGAACAAGAUUAAGCAUUGGAACAAAGAAGUUUUUGGGGAUGUCAACGCUAGAAUUAGCGAUCUUCUUACCAGGAUAUCCGAGUCUGACAAACUAGAGGAAGCCCAGCAGCUUGAUGAUUCACAAAGAAGAAGCAGGGAUCUCCUAAAAAUUGAACUUGGUCGACUUCUCAACCUAAUCGAGAUCUCUUGGAGACAGAAAUCCAGGGAAACUUGGCUCAAGCUCGGCGACAAAAACAGCAAUUACUUCCAUAAGGUUGCCAAUUUCAGAAGGAAAAUCAAUAGGAUCGAGUGUAUCAAGAUCAACGGGAUCAUGACCGAGGGCAGACAAGAAGUGGCAACAGGAAUCGUCGAGUUCUACAAAAAUCUCUUCCUCGAAAGCACACCUUUUCGACCUUUCCCCUGGGGUUUUGCACAGCGUCAGUUAACACUCAAAGAGAGCCAAUUCCUUAUACGGCCAUUCAGCGAGAAAGAAAUUUUUGACUGUCUCUCGGAUUGUGAUGGCAGUAAAGCCCCGGGACCAGACGGCUUCACUUGGGAGUUCCUCAAAAGGUGUUGGGCCUGGUUGAGGAAUGAUAUUCUCAAUGCCUUCCACGAAUUUCACUCUUCUGGUUACAUCCCUAAGUGUGCCACCCAUUCGUUUCUCUGCUUGUUGCCCAAGAGAGACGUGGUCGAGGAUACCAGAGAUUUGAGACCCAUUAGUCUCAUGGGUUGCAUUAACAAGCUUUUCAGCAAAGUCCUCGCUAACAGAAUGAGUGGGGUUCUCCCCAAGUUGGUUUCGUUGAAUCAGCAAGCCUCGGUGAAGGGGCGCCAAAUCGGUGAUGCCGGUCUCAUCGCUUUCGAGCUCAUCGACAGCAGGAAAAAGAGCAAAAAACCGGGUCUUUUGUUCAAAUUGGACAUUGAGAAGGCCUUCGACAAUGUGAAAUGGAAUUGUCUGCUCAAGGUUCUGUCUAGUCUGGGUUUUCACACUCAAUGGAAUAAAUGGAUCCAAGGCACGAUGUGCUCACCAUCGAUCUCCAUUCUCAUUAAUGGCGAGUCCAAUGGCCUCUUUCCAAUGCAGAAGGGACUUCGCCAGGGCGACCCACUCUCUUCCGGCCUCUUCGUUCUGGUUAUGGAUAUCUUGGACUUUAUGUUGCACAGGCUAAGAGAUCAUGGCAAGAUAAGAGGUUUUUUCAUGAACGAGCAGGAAGGACAAGGCGAGGUGACCCAUCUCUUAUUCGCCGACGACACCUUGAUUUUCUGCGAAGCCUCUUUGGACCAAGUUCUCAAUCUGACUGCUACCCUGGUUUGCUUCCAGGCGGUCACUGGUCUCAGAAUCAACCUCGAGAAGUCAAUCAUGUACACGGUGGGUGACAUUCCUGACCCGGCCUUCUUCGCCUCGUUAUUCGGAUGCAAGUGGAGUGACCAGCCAUCCCGUUACCUGGGCUUCCCGCUUGGGGCGAAGCUGAAUGUCGUUGCUACGUGGGAUCCCAUCAUCCAAAAAUAUCAAAAACGCCUUGAAGGGUAG